GCAGCCGAGUGUAAUCAGUGUGGAAGCAUGCGGAAUAAUGUGAGAAAAUCAGAGAGCGCGAGAAAAUCACGGGACAAAUUCCACCAAUGGAUCUUUAUACAUGUAUGUACGAGUGACAUCGCUGUUCAUCUCUGUCAGUUUCGGAAGAAAAUAUUUAAAUACCGUGCGGCGCUCGAACUUUGAUUACGUUUUGCUUGACGAACGCAAGACUCUAGCAAUAUUCUUUCUUGACGUCAUAGAGAUGUCCGAAUCCGUAAAAGUGGCAGUAAGAUGUCGGCCUAUAUCCAACAAGGAAUUACAGCAAGGAUGUCAAAACGUCGUGACAAUCGAUUCGCUGACAAAAUCUUGCACUCUGGAAAGUUGUGGCGGUGGAAGUGGAAAAAUUUACCAAUUUGAUGCUGCGUUUAGUCCAUCUGCUUCGACGGAAUCGGUUUAUGAAAAUGUGGGUUCGGUUAUUGUCGAAGCUGUCUUGGAGGGUUAUAAUGGUACCGUGUUUGCUUAUGGACAAACUGGUUGCGGAAAAUCAUUUACUAUGCGAGGAUUCAUCGAACGAGCGUUGGAACAUUUGUUUGAGGCGACUUCCACUGCUAGUUCGGAGACAAGAUACUUAGCGUUGCUGAGCUAUCUUGAGAUCUACAAUGAGCGAUUGCGAGAUCUAUUACAAGACGAUACCGGGGAAACUCUGACUCUGAAAGAGGACCCGACAAAAGGCACUUAUGUCGCAGGUGGUUUGCGCGAAGUUACCGUCAAAGAUGCAACCGAAUGUGCCGCGUUGGUUCAACAAGGCGAUCAAAGAAGAGCAGCAGCCGCGACGAAAAUGAAUGCUGCCAGUUCGAGAAGUCAUGCAGUUUUAACUCUAUCACUCGAAGCAAUUGCCAUUAAUGAUGAUGAUAAACGCGGCAAUGCUAUCAGAAGGGGACGACUGCAUUUAGUCGAUCUUGCAGGAUCUGAAAGACAAGCUAGAACUGGAGCUACAGGUGAUCGUUUGAAGGAAGCUGCCAGUAUCAAUUUGAGUUUGUCAGCAUUGGGGAAUGUCAUUAGUGCAUUGGCUGCCGGAAAUGGAAGACAUGUUCCUUAUAGAGAUAGCAAGCUGACGAGACUAUUACGAGAUAGUCUAGGAGGAAAUGCCAGAACUCUGAUGAUUGCCUGUAUAAGUCCAAGCGACAUUGAUGCUGAAGAAACUCUCAGUACUUUGCGCUAUGCUGCCCGAGCUCGUUGUAUUAAGAAUAAACCCAUUGUUAAUGAAGAUCCCAAAGACGCUCUUCUUAGGCAGUAUCAGUUGGAACUUCAACGUUUGAGAAAAUUACUUGAUUCUAGUGAUCAAUUAAAUGUUGGAUCGGACUUCCAGAAAGAUAUAGAAGAAGAGGGAGAAAGUUUGAAGGAGAAUCAAUAUGCCGAAGAGGUGGAGAAGCUGAGGAAAGAAUGCGAAAACUCAAAUUUAUCAGCUCAAAAGCUAAAAGAAGAGUUAGAAGCCCUAAAAUCUCGAUAUGAAUCGGGAUUAAAUGUGACGAACAAUGUCGACAAGAUUGAAAAUCUGAAUCAAGGGGAUCAAGAAAUGGAUGAAUCAGAUAAGGAACGAAUAGAAAGAAGAAGAAAGAAGAGAGAAGCAGCUUUGCAAGAUGUAUUAAAAAGAUUGGAAAAACUGACGAUUGGCGGAGAAGAGAUCGGGAAUAUAGAAUUGAAGAGGAGAAGAGAGAAAAGGAGGAAGAAGCUAGAAGUUCUUGUAGGGGCAUUGGAAGCUAACGAUGCCAAUGGUAGUGUCUUCCAAGUAUAUGGUCAACUCAGAUCGACCGAGGAUGCGCUGAAAAGGAUGGCGAAGCGAGUGAAACAAUUAGAAGCUGAAGCGACGGAUCUCCAGGCAUCUUGGGAUGCUGAGCGUCGUGAACUUCUUCGAAGAGAAUUAUUGACAUCUCAAGUAUGCGAUCUUAUGAUACCCUAUCUUCGUCCAGGUUGCCCGUUUCGAGAUAUUGCGGCGAUAAGGGCGGCAGCAACCUGGUGUGAUGAAUUAGGACGAUGGCGAUUGCCAGAUGUGUCUCCCCAUAUUCCUCUACCUCCAGCCGCUCCUGUAACGCGAGGGGAUGUUCUUCAUUCGACUGGAAUUUCCUCGAAGGCGGAUCUCAAUAAUAAUAGUAAUAAUAGCGGUAAUAAUGAUGAAGAUGAGAGUGAUCAAGAUAAUGAUAACGAAGGAAAUAGUAAAAGUAUGGAGAAUAAAAAAGGUUGGGAUAUCGUGGACACUUAUUUCCGAAGGAGUAGAGUAAAUACUCUCUUGGCGCACGCGAGAGAAGCAAAAACUUUCGAACCGGGGAAUCGUUUGAGUAGAUCCGGUGGUUCAGAAGACUCGAUGCCGAUCGCAGGUAGCGGCGGCCAUCUGCAAUUAAAUGCACUGAAUUUACAAAGUAGCGCACCGGUACUCGGCGAUAGCCCAAAUCUUCGCAAAUCGACGAUUCGCGGGGGCUGGAUCCACGAUGAACAAUCUAAUCGACCUAUUUACAAUACUUUCAUCAACACCACGAAGAAGCCUCCUCCAAGGAUAUUGGAAGCCUUACCCUCGUAUCCUCACGAUGAUAUGCCUUCCAAAUCACCUGUUCGUCCUGGCAAAGAAGAGUUGAAGAUAUCUGAGAGAGGAGUACCGCCAAAAUUGCUACGCAACAACGAUACCUUUUCUUGUCACCAUCCGUUCCACGUCGAGCACGCUUGUUCGCCGACUUAUUGAUGAAGUCAUCCUAUAGUUAACUUUUAACAAAUCAUCAUAUCUUGUGGCUGUGUGUGUUGAAAAACAAGCUAAAGGAAAUUGUGUGGGAAAUAUGUAAGAUUCAAGAAGCAGAGGUCAAUUCAAAAGAAAUGUCAAGGCUGACAACAAUGAAAAUUAAUGAAUAAUGGAUCAAACUUUAAUCUGUGAGAUGCUGUGCCUUCAAUCUGUUACAAAAGAUGACUUAAUAUAAUAUUCUUCGAACUCUCGCGCUUAUUUCAAGUUUAUAUUAAGAAAUAAA